GUUCGCCUCGGAGGCCACCUACGACGUGAGCGGGCCGAAGGAGAGGAGGGAGUCGGGCCUGUACUGGGACCUGGAUGACACCAUGAUCGAGGCCGCCAUGCAGCAGCAGCAGCAGGGGGAUGUCGACGACCCGACCCUGGCGUCCAUGCUCAUCAGGCCCAGCGGCGCGCGGCACGGCCACGGCAGCAUGCGCCACAGCGGCUACGGUGGCUAUAAGGCGGGGGUGCCCAGAAGUCUGUGCGCAUCGGCGGGGCUUGACGUCUCCACCACGUCUUCUGGUCGGCCAGUGUCGAGCGGGGUUAGGACGGGGAUCAUC